CGUAGCCAUAGCCUGUUUAAUCUCUCUUCUCCAACUUUUAAUAAUAUGUAGCAGAUAUGUUGGCUGCUAUUAACUUUACAGUGGUGCCGUGGUUGUUAAAUGGAUCGAUUUGGUGGUACAGUAUCAUUGAAUGUGAAUCACAGCAUGAGAUGUCAGGACUGUGGGCAGCAGUUCACUCGCUGGGAGGCCUUUAGAAUUCAUCUUAGUGAACAUGUAAAACAAAAGAGACGAAACAAGAAAAGACAUGUGCAAUCUGUCUCUAAUGGAAAUGACAAUGGCCUGGGAUAUGUUACAAAAAAGAUAAAAGUGAAAGAAACAGACAAAGAUGAAUCCCUUGAUGGUUCUUGUCAGUUAAAACCAUCUGAGAUCUUCACCUCCUGUUCUAGUGUUGCUAUGGUGUCAGAGGAUGAAAAGCCUGUAUUCGCAAAGGCAAAUAAAGUCUACGCCUGCGAUGUCUGCGGAAAGGUCUAUUCCUACCUUGAGUCUUUCAGAAAUCACCAGAAACUGCACAUAACUUCAAAAGACCAACAGCCUGAAAUCUGCUGUAAAACAUGUAAGAAAACAUUCAAACGUCCAUUCUCUCUCACACUUCAUCUAAAAUUAAGCAAAAAGUGUGUUCCUGAAGAGCCAUCUGUCCUUCACUGUGAACGGUGUAAUAAAUCUUUUGCCUCGGCUGUGGCAUUCGUGAACCAUCAGGAAAUGCACAAGCAGAGGCCCUUCUGGUGUGAUACAUGUACUAAAGGUUUCAGAAAUUCAGAGGGAUUGGAAAGACACUUGCGUGGCCAUGACAACAAAAAACACACAUGCAACAUCUGCCAGAAGUCCUUUCGGGUUCCAGCCGAACUUCGGUACCAUUACAACAUUCACACCGGUGCCAGGCCUUACACAUGUGAUCUUUGCCACAAGAGGUUCUCGCAAUUAGGAAAUCUAAUUACACAUCGGAAGAAACACCUGGAGGUCUUUAAAAAAGGAGAAGAUGUUCCCCUCGGGAGGAAGGACACUGGUUUUAGAGGAAAGAAUAGAGUGUCAGUUAUGGAAAAAGUCGUUUUAGGAGAAAUGAAGAUCUUCAAUCGAGAGAAAAAGGAUCCAGUGGUAGAAGACGGUGAGAAAAUCAAUGCCAAAAAUGCUACUUUUCCUGAGAGUGAUUCAUCUGACUCCUCAUCGGAUGAAAAACAAAAACAUUUAAAUGAGGCACAGGAAGUUUUGGGGGACUGGGAGUGUGUUGAAUGUGGUGCACAUUUCAUUGGGGAAUCUGAGCUUCACAUGCAUUAUAUGAAGCAUGCAAGUGGGGAAGUUUGAUACACAGUAUGCUUAUUAUUAAUGGCAUUUUGUGUGACUUGCUCUUUACUCAAUAACUCAAUGUUUCAGUGACCAAAGUCAGUCUUGAUGAGACCCAAGUCUAUUAGAUGGCUUUAAAAUGCAAUAAUAUAAUCUUUGUAGGGCUUGGGUGAUGUUGGUUUAAUCUCAAUAUUGCCUUAUUUUCCUUUGGAUACCUUGUAUUUUAUCGCUUAAUCUGAAAAUGGUGUAUUUUAGACACUGUUAUCUGCGAGUCCUUAAUUUAGUAAGAAAUGGAAUUUGACACUAACAUUUAUCUCUGUUUUUUGCAAUCUUGACAUGUUCAUGUCUUUUUUGCGCUGUGAAUCGAGAAUCUUGGUUUGUUGAAAGUGGUCUUUUUUGUUACAAAACAUAGUUAUUUUAUUGCUGUUAACUUGUUAAGAAUUGUUACUUGUUACUGGUUUAGCUUUUCAAGCUGUUCAUGUGUUGAGUCAAUGCAUUGUCAAUACACCAUGUGCUAUUAAUCAUAGAAUUUCUCUUGUGUUGAAUACACAGUUAAGUAAAUCAUAACUUGCAGUCUUAAGUUGUGCUUCACUUAAGAUGUAAAAGCAUUUUUGUUUUUAUUUAAGCUUUGUAAUUGCAUGUACCUUGCUUUAUCAUGCUUAUGGAAAACAGUGUGAUAAGAACUGUUACAACUGUUGUCCCAGGUGCUUAUUUUCACUUAUGAAUCAUUUGCUCUGAUCUUAUUGGUUGAUCUGUAGAUAUCAGUGUUAAAUAAAUCCUUUAAAAUGAUUCUUGAACAUUGCUGAAGUCUGCUCUCUAAAGUUUUGAUUCAUUCCUCUGCAAUGAAGUCUAGUGUUUGCUUUGCUGGCUGUGGCUGUGGCUUGCAGUGCAGGUGAUAAAAUCAUUGGAGGUUAUGAAUGUUCACCCAACUCCCAGCCCUGGCAAGUCUACCUUACUUAUAGUAAUGGGGAACGCUGGUGUGGAGCAUCUCUGAUUAAUGAAAGAUGGGUUGUUUCUGCUGCUCAUUGCUACGUUUCAGCUUCUCGUCUUACUGUCCACCUGGGAGAGCACAAUGUGUACAUUGAAGAAGGCACAGAGCAGAGGAUCGGGGCAGAGAAAGUGAUUCCUCACCCGAAAUACAAUGAUUUUACAUAUAACAAUUAUUUCAUGCUGAUCAAGCUGAAGGAGCCUGCCAUCUUUAACCAGUAUGUGCAGCCAAUCUCUCUGGCGACCAGUUGCUCUUCUGCAGGGGAGCAGUGCUUGGUUUCUGGAUGGGGCAAUCAGAUCACUACUGGAGUUGACUAUGCUUCUGUGCUGCAGUGUUUGAAUUUGCCUGUACUGUCAAGGUCGCAGUGUGAGGGUGCAUAUGGAUGGCAAAUAACUGAAAACAUGUUCUGUGCUGGAUUCAUGGAGGGAGGCAAAGACUCAUGUCAGGUUGAUUCUGGCGGUCCUGUGGUGUGCAAUGGGGAACUGCGAGGAGUUGUUUCCUGGGGUUAUCGCUGUGCUCAGCCUGGCUAUCCUGGGGUUUAUGUUGAGGUUUGCCGCUACGCUGACUGGGUCAAGUCCACCAUAGCUAACAAUUAACUGUUUGUCCAGUUGAGCUGGACCUUUUGAUUACAAAUAUUUUUUUCUGAAAUAUCUGUGAUUAAAUUCAGCUUUGAACAAAUAAAAGUGUUUCUGUCUAUUUGUUUUAUAUGGAUAUAGUAUUUCUGUCAUGACAACUCUGAAGAUUUUUAGCAUAAUAAUGGAUAUGACAAUGUUAAUAUAUUUGGUCUCGGCGGAACAGAUCUGCUAUGCUUCUGCUGCUGAAUUGCAGCUGCUGUUGAUUAUUGCUGCUGCAGAGCAAGUACAGGAACUUGCUACUGCCAGUACAUAUGCUUAUAUGCUGCUGUGUGUAUGCAAGACAAGGCAUACUGCUGCUGCACAAAUAGGAUAUAUAAAAAUGAUCCAUAGCAGAUCUAUACAGGUGGAGCUGGGUUCAGCCAUGCAUGUCAAUAUCCAUGGGGGGAUAUUGAUAAAUCUUUUGCCUCUGCUGUGGCAUUCGUGAACCAUCAGGAAAUGCACAAGCAGAGGUCCUUCUGGUGUGAUACAUGUACUAAAGGUUUCAGAAAUUCAGAGGGAUUGGAAAGACACUUGCGUGGCCAUGACAACAAAAAACACACAUGCAACAUCUGCCAGAAGUCCUUUCGGGUUCCAGCCGAACUUCGGUACCAUUACAACAUUCACACUGGUGCCAGGCCUUACACAUGUGAUCUUUGCCACAAGAGGUUCUCGCAAUUAGGAAAUCUAAUUACCCAUCGGAAGAAACACCUGGAGGUCUUUAAAGAAGGAGAAGAUGUUCCCCUCAGGAGGAAGGACACUGGUUUUAGAGGAAAGAAUAGAGUGUCAGUUAUGGAAAAAGUCAUUUUAGAAGAAAUGGAGAUCUUCAAUCGAGAGAAAAAGGAUCCAGUGGUAGAAGACAGUGAUGAGAAAAUCAAUGCCAAAAAUGCUACUUUACCUGAGAGUGAUUCAUCUGACUCCUCAUCGGGUGAAAAGCAAAAACAUUUAAAUGAGGCACAGGAAGAUGAUUUGCAAGUACAGGAAGUUGAGGGGGACUGGGAGUGUGUUGAAUGUGGUGCACAUUUCAUUGGGGAGUCUGAGCUUCACAUGCAUUAUAUGAAGCAUGCAAGUGGGGAAGUUUGAUACACAGUAUGCUUAUUACUAAUGGCAUUUUGUGUGACUUGCUCUUUACUUAAUAACUUAAUGUUUCAGUGACCAAAGUCAGUCUUGAUGAGACCCAAGUCUAUUAGAUGGCUUUAAAAUGCAAUAAUAUAAUCUUUGUAGGGCUUGGGUGAUGUUGGUUUAAUCUCAAUACUGCCUUAUUUUCCUUUGGAUACCUUGUAUUUUAUCGCUUAAUCUGAAAAUGGUGUAUUUUAGACACUGUUAUCUGCGAGUCCUUAAUUCAGUAAGAAAUGGAAUUUGACACUAACAUUUAUCUCUGUUUUUUGCAAUCUUGACAUGUUCAUGUCUUUUUUUUGUGCUGUAAAUCGAGAAUCUUGGUUUGUUGAAAGUGGUCUUUUUUGUUACAAAAUAUAGUUAUUUUAUUGCUGUUAACUUGUUAAGAAUUGUUACUUGUUACUGGUUUAGCUUUUCAAGCUGUUCAUGUGUUGAGUCAAUGCAUUGUCAAUACACCAUGUGCUAUUAAUCAUAGAAUUUCUCUUGUGUUGAAUACACAGUUAAGUAAAUCAUAACUUGCAGUCUUAAGUUGUGCUUCACUUAAGAUGUAAAAGCAUUUUUGUUUUUA